UGCAGUGAGGGUCUCUGAGUUCAGUCUCUGCAGUGAGGGUAUCUGAGUUCAGUCUCUGCUGUGAGGGUCUCUGAGUUCAGUCUCUGCUGUGGGGGUCUCUGAGUUCAGUCUCUGCAGUGAGGGUCUCUGAGUUCAGUCUCUGCUGUGGGGGUCUCUGAGUUCAGUCUCUGCAGUGAGGGUCUCUGGGUUCAGUCUCUUCAGUGAGGGUCUCUGAGUUCAGUCUCUGCAGUAAGGGUCUCUAGGUUCAGUCUCUUCAGUGAGGGUCUCUGGGUUCAGUCUCUUCAGUGAGGGUCUCUAGGUUCAGUCUCUUCAGUGAGGGUCUCUGGGUUCAGUCUCUGCAGUGAGGGUCUCUGGGUUCAGUCUCUGCAGUGAGGGUCUCUGGGUUCAGUCUCUGCAGUGAGGGUCUCUGGGUUCAGUCUCUGCAGUGAGGGUCUCUGGGUUUAGUCUCUUCAGUGAGGGUCUCUGGGUUCAGUCUCUGCAGUGAGGGUCUCUGGGUUCAGUCUCUGCAGUGAGGGUCUCUGGGUUUAGUCUCUUCAGUGAGGGUCUCUAGGUUCAGUCUCUUCAGUGAGGGUCUCUGGGUUCAGUCUCUGCAGUGAGGUUCUCCGGGUUAGGACUGUGCAGUUCAUUUGAAUUGUACACUUUAAAAUACUUUCUUAGCGAAAGUAAUAAAUGUGUGUAGUGUGUAGAGUUGUGAAGAGUUUUGUAUGAAGUUUUCACUUUUUUCAAAAGUGGGAGACAUUCUGCAUGUGUGUGUUUGUGUGUGUGUGUAUUAUAAACACGCCCGGAGUGAGGACCCGACAGUCAGGUUUAAUUCUUCAGAUACUUUUCUGCUUCCUCUUCCCCCACUUUCUUCUGUGUCUGUGUGUGUGAGAGAGAGUGUGUGAAUGUGUGUGUAGGUGUGUGUGUAGGGGUAGGUGUGAAUGAGGUAGUGAUAGAGAGAUAGUGUCUAUGUUCAUUCAUCAUGGCUAUGUUGAGAAGAAAGCUGCGUCUCUCCAGAUCUGGACGCAGAAACACACAGAAGCGUUCAGAAGCUGAAAAAACUGAAGUGUUAAGUGAUGAUCUACUGCAGGUCGAGAAAAGGUUGGAGCUGGUGAAGCAGGUCUCCAGUAGCACUCAUAAGAAACUGACGGCCUGUCUCCAGGGACAACAGGGAACAGAGUUGGACAAACGAUCCGUCAAAUCUCCAGUGAGAAAGGUGCCGCUUGCAUCUCUGGCACAGAGCCUUCUGGAUGGAGCCGCUGUACUGGGAGAUGACUUUCUGUUGGGUAAGGUGCUGAGGUUGUGUGGAGAGACUCAGGAGCAUUUGGCCCAGGAGCUGCAAACGUUUGAACUGCAGAUGGAGAAAGACAUCAUAGAACCACUGAACACACUCUCUGAGGUUGAAAUUCCUAACAUUCAAAAACAGAGGAAGCAUUUAGCCAAGCUGGUUCUGGACAUGGACUCUGCUCGGACACGGUGGCAGUCGUCUAAGUCUUCAACACUAACCAGUAAAGAGCAGCAUUUAGGAGCCAAAGCCGACUCCCUGAGGGAGGAGCUGGAGGAGGCAGCCAAUCGAGUGGAGAUUUGCAGAGAUCAGCUCUCAACAGACAUGUAUAGUUUCGUGGCCAAAGAAACUGAUUAUGCAAACUACUUUCAGACGCUGAUUGAGCUUCAGGCAGAAUAUCACAGAAAGUCCCUGGAGCUGCUUCAGAACGUUCUUCCUCAAAUUAAAGCACAGCAAGAAUUGUGGGUUGAGAAACCAUGUUUUGGGAAGCCACUGGAGGAGCACCUGAGGCUCAGCGGCCGAGACAUCGCCUUCCCAAUUGAGGCCUGUGUGACCAUGCUGCUGGAUUGCGGUCUGCAGGAGGAGGGUUUGUUCAGGGUGGCUCCUGCUGCCUCUAAGCUGAAGAAGCUGAAGGCCGCUCUGGACUGUGGAGUUCUGGACGUACAGGAGUAUUCCGCUGACCCUCACGCUGUUGCAGGUGCGCUGAAGUCUUACCUGCGGGAGCUUCCUGAGCCCCUCAUGACCUUUGACCUCUACGAUGAGUGGAUACAAGCAUCAAAUGUUCAGGAUCAGGAGGCGUGUCUGCAGGCGCUGCUGCUGGUGUGUGAGAAACUGCCUGAACCCAACAUCAACAACUUCAGGUAUUUAAUGAAGUUUCUGGCAAAGCUGAGUGAGAGCGACACCAUCAACAAAAUGAACGCAGGAAACAUCGCCAUCGUCCUCGGACCCAACCUGCUGUGGCCUCAAUCACAGGGGAAUUUAACGGACAUGAUGACCACUAUGUCGCUCCAGGUUGUGCGGAUCAUUGAGCCCAUAAUUCAGCACGCUGACUGGUUCUUCCCUGGAGAGAUUGAGUUUAAUAUAACAGGACAUUACGGCAGUCCCGUCCACACCAACCAUAACUCUAUCUCCAGCUCCGCCUGGCCUGAGCCUGAUCAGACAGACGGUAAGAAGGGCCACAGGCGGCCGCUGAGCGUAGCUACAGACAACAUGCUGCUGGAGUUUUACAGGAAGGACAGUGUACUGAAGACUAAGGAACUUUCGCCAGUGAUUGGACAACGAGGUCUUCAGACCUCGCCCCCUGGUGGACACUCACAGGUGUCUGAAAACAGCCUACACCCACUUGGGAAAGCGAAGAGCCUGUCCCCCAGCAGAUGGUCCGACCACACCCCCAGUCAACCUUCGCCCAUCAGCCUGUCACCGAACCCCCCCACCCCCCCCUCCUUCAGCUACUCGCCGGUCUACGCCACCAUCGGCUCUCCUGGGCACAGUUCCCCCGCUUCCCUCUCUGCCCCUUCCCCCAUCUCUGCCACCCUCCCUAAAAUCCAUCCCAUCUCCAAACCCCCCCGGCGCAGACCCGGCCUGCCCCCGCCCCGCGCCCCCAGCCCUCAGCCUCUGGAGCACACUGGUGCAGAGGAGAACAUGGCCACAGAUUCUUUGAGCAUCCAGUAUCUGCCCAUCAUCAACGUUCAGCCAGAUGUUAUUCCGGACAAGAUCUCUGGCACCCCCUUCAGGAUUUCUGUGACACCAUGUGAAUCGGAGGAGGAGAGCACUCAACUUUAAACUGAGCAGAGAUUAAACUCUCUGACUAUCCAUCUAUUUGUUGCCACCACUAUACAGAAAACUACUGCUGCUUCUGGACCACUGCUAAAGAGAGCCACCUCCCAAAAAAAACUUUUUAAACACCUUUCCAAACCUCUCUAAACACCUGCCCAAAACACCUCUCAAAACACCUUCUACACACCCUCUUAACACUCCCCAAACACAUACACUAAGCCCCCUCAACAACCCCAGCAACAAACACUCCCAAUACCUCCUCCAAAAUCCCAAACACCUCCUUCAAACACUCAUCUAGCACCUAUGCAAAAAAACCCUCAUCCACCCCAAACUCUUUUUUACAAUAACCCUACAAAAACACCCUUCAGAACUUCUCCAAACACUUUUCUAACACCUCCCCAACACUCCCAAACUCUAAACCUUUUCAAACACACCCCAAACUCACAUCCAGUACCCUCCUAACACACUCAACCCCCCGGCAAACUCCUCUCCAAACAUUCCCCCAAAAAACUCCAUUCAACACCUCUCCAAACACUCCUCCAAACGCUCCGUCAGACACUUCUCAGCGCCCCGUUCUUACUGUAGGAAUGUUAUUACACAGCGAAUGUGUUCAACAAGAGAAUCAUUAAUUGAUUUGUGGAAUUAAUGAACAAAACUUUAGUGUUAUGAAUGUUUUAUGUAUUUAUGUAAAAAAAUGUCAUGUCUAAUGAUCAAUUGUAAAUUAUGUAGAAACACUGGGCCAAUGAAGUGUAGUGGUGUAAUGAUCUUCAGAUGAUCGCUGCAGUCAAGACAAAUCAAAUCAAUUUUUAUUGUCAAUAAUGCAUAUAUGUACAGGACAUACAGAGGAUUGAAAUUACAUUACUGUUCUUCCAAAAAUUAUAAAUCUAAAAGAAUGAGAGACACUAAAUGUACAAAAAACAAUAAGGACAAACCAACUCCAUCAAACAGUUCCUUUAAAUUAUAAAAAAAUGUGUGCCAUAGGUCUCUGUUUUAGGACCAUCACAGAUCCUCCUAAACCUACCGCCAACUUUAAUGCAGUUCAUGAACAACAAUAAUCUACAGGGGUUGGACAAUAAAAAGGCAACACCUGGUUUUAGACCACAAUAAUUUAUUGUGGUGACGGACAGUUCUGGUGGAAACAAUCCGUGUUGGCACCCGAACAUCCCUUUCAGACAGCUUCCUCUUGCGUCCACAGUUAGUCUUGUUGGAAGUGGUUGGUCCUUCUUGUUGGUAUGCUGACAUUACCCUAGAUACCGUGGCUCUUGAUACAUCACAAAGACUUGCUGUCUUGGUCAAAGAUGCGCCAGAAAGACGUGCACCAACAAUUUGUCCUCUUUUAAACUCUGGUAUGUAACUCAUAAUGUUGUGUGCAUUGCAGUAUUUUAAGCAAAACUGUGCUCUUACUCUGCUAAUUGAACCUUCACACUCUUACUGCUCUUACUGGUGCAAUAGUGUGCAAUUAAUGAAGAUUGGUCACCAGGCUGCUCAAAUUUAGCCAUGAAACCUCCCACACUAAAACGACACGUGUUUCAGUUUCGUUGUCCAACCCCUGUAGAGUACAGUGCAAUGCUAACCAUCUAAUCUCCACAUCACCACCCAAACCCAUCAAUAUUCUUCAACCCCCUCAACACCACCAAGCAACACCAACAACCUACCCUCCCAAACACCACCACCCAACACCUCGAGCCACUCCUACUAACUGCUUAAACCAGCCUCUUUUUUUUUUACUUGUUAAUUAUUUAUUUUUAAAAGUCAUCAAUGAUCAAUUGUUCACCAUUUACAAACCAAGUGUUCCACCAGUCAAUGAAUGAGAGUAUUAAUGAUUUAGUGAUGAGUCUGGAUCUUCUACAGAGCAGGAGUACUGCUUCUGUUGUUGUAUAAUAUGUGCCGAAUGAUGAUGAUGAUGAUUUUAAUUGCAUUUAGUUCAGUUGGCAGAAGUGCUCCUACUUUUAUUGACCAAUAGCUGAUCCUCUCAUUUCCAUAUGCCAUCUGUUAACAGACACAUCUACGAACUUUCCUUCAGAGAAGAAAAAAAAUAUUAAGAAAAUGUUUUGAAUGUUGAAGUUUUUGAAUGUAACGUACAGUUUGUGGAUGUGCUGGUGCUGUUGGUCCCAAUGAGCACAAGCCUUACUGGUCUCGGACUGGUUUUAUAGUGAUAUACUCAUAAAGAUACUUCAUAAUAUAUUUAAUUAUAAAUGU